AUGGAAAGCACUUCUCAAAAUGAGGAAUGCGAUAAUGAGCAAGAUUUGCUCAAGAGGUAUAAAACGGUGGCGAAUCGGCAUUGUUUCCUAUUCGACGACGCGCCGUUGCGGCAUCAAAUCGUGAAAUUAAUGCUAAUGGCAGAGCAUCGUAUAAUUGAGACGAACGAAUUGCCGCCGGAGCUGCCCGAAUUUUAUCCGUGCGAGGUGUACCCAGUCGAGAAGCGCGUCGAUUUUGCGACAUUGUGCAACGACAAUUUGAAGCCGUGGAAUUCGAAGAAGCGCGCCGAGAGCACAAUUCGCUCCAAGACCAUCAUUCAUUAUUAUAAGGCGAAUGAGAGGCAGGAGUUGUGCAACGCGACGAAGGAUGACGCGGAGAUGUUUUUGAAAAUUAAUUCAUACACACUGCCAAGGUGUCAGGCGCUGAAAAAGAAGAUUUAUCAAAUGUUCUCGACCGUCGAUGGUGCCCGAAUCACCCCAUCGGUGGUCCUUUACACAUUCGAUGGCACCGAGCCGGUACCGCGUUUUCAGCCGACGAAGCCGUCGUCGAAACCGUUGGAUGAUAACAUUCGAAAGAUUUUGGAGGGCUAUUUGAAGGUUGUCGGACCUGAGCAGGCGCUUCGAUUGAUGGCCAGGGACCAUCAAAUACCGCCGGAAGGGAUGCCGACGAUUUCGCAGGCGAAAUAUUGCUCGAGAUUGCUCAUUAGACAGAAUAAUAAAGAAAUUAUUCGUGAAAAGCCGGCGUCGAAAAUGGUUGAUUACAUGUAUGAAACGCCAAUCGAUAUCCCAAAUGAGUAUGAGGUCGCCUCGACGUCUUCCGACGAGCCGCCGACAAAAAUGUUCUCCGAUGGUGUUCUCGCGACGUCGACGGUGCCGAAUCCCGAUUUUGACGCGAUUCUGAUUCCGAUCGCCGACAUUCCCGACGAUUCGACGAUUCCGGUCGACGAGCGCGCUCUGCGCAAUCAAUUGGCGUCGCUUUAUCGACUCGUCGAUCGAUUCAAAUGGAGUCAGGCGAUUUAUAAUCAUAUAACGGUUCGACUUCCUGGGGACCACGAUGAAAUUCUGAUAAAUCCUUUCGGGAUGUUCUACAACGAGGUGACGGCGUCAUCAUUGAUCAAAGUCAACCUGGAAGGGAAUGUGAUUGAUCAAGGCUCGACGAAUUUCGCAAUUAACCAGGCUGGCUAUGUGCUCCAUUCGGCGAUCCAUGCUGCUCGUCGCGAAGUCCAAUGCGUCAUCCAUCUCCAUCAUCCAUCGGUCGUCGCCGUCUCGGCGAUGAAAUGCGGAUUUUUGCCGAUCAGCCAGGAGGCGAUGAUCGUCGGACCCGUCGCCUACCACGAUUUUUGUGGAAUUCUUGUCAACGAGGCGGAAAAGGUGUCGAUUGUCGAGGAUCUCGGCGAGAAGAAUGUGAUGAUCCUUCGCAAUCAUGGAUUCGUCGUCGCCGCCGAUUCGAUCGAGCACGCGUUUAGCAUUGCUUUUCAUCUUGUCAUCGCUUGUGAGACGCAGGUGAAAUGCACACCGAACGGUGAUGCGACGAAUCUUCACCGGCCGUCUCAGCAAGCCAUCGAUCAGGCCUAUCAAGUCGCCUCUGGUGGAGCUGGCGGUGUGAAUCGACGAGACGGCGAAGUGCGCGCGGGAAAUUGGAAGAAGGGCGAGCUUGAAUGGCAGGCCUACAUGAGGGCCCUUGAUCGAAUGGGACUCCAAACUGGACACCGAUAUCGAUAA